GUCCAACCAACCCUAUAUCCAACCCCCCAUCCCAUCCCCAUAGAGUAAGUACACCAGCACAAAAAAAGAAGAAUAGAAUAAAAAAGAACACAGUUCCAACCCAUGAACCCCCUCACAAAGCCCACACAAUGCCAUUCUACACAACAAACCACAAAGCGCCCAUUACCGCGCCAACAAAACCAAAUCCUUCACCACACACGCACGCCGAGACUCACAAAGAAACGGGCCGGACAAUCACCACAAUUCAAUUCAGCAGCAAACAAUCACAAGCCCGGCACAGGCAUGCAUCCACGCCGGUAGCGGGCGUUUAUAUCAUAUCAUCUCGAGAUGCGGUUCCCGAAAGUCGAAGGCAAUAUAGAUAUCAUCUUUACCGAAUCUCGUCCUGUCUAGCUAUCCUUUGGAGGGUCUAUCUAUCCAUCCAUCUAUCCAUCCAUCUAUCUAAUUUAUUUUGGACGCUCUUUCUGGCUGUAUGGAGAUAAUCGGGACCGUCAUACAAAGAACCAAAACAAAAAAAAGCAUUUAUCCACCACGUCCCCCUUCUCUGCACGAAGCCGACUUACCAUAGGCAUUCAUUCAUCGGCUGAUGCAUAUAAAUAACCCCACCUGAUAUCCGACAUCACCGUGCAGUUUAGUUUCGUUUAGUUUGGUUUUGCGAACCUGAUCCGAUCCGCUCAAUAUGCGCUACGUUUACUAUGCCUCGCUGUAUACCUUCUGGGCCAUGAUGCCCGAUGGCAUCCCGGACCGCGGGGGGUGGGCGAAGAUGGCCACGUUCCUGGAGGAAUGUCUGCUGGUUAUCCAGCUUGGGGGCGAUGACCGGUUCAAGCUCAAGAAGGUCAAUCCUGUUGUGGACGAGGGGUACGAGACUGGGGAUGGGAGUGAGUGCAGGGGAGGGUUCCG